GCUCCAGACUUAGGAGAAACUGAAGGGACUUCUCAAACAUUCAGCUUUAUUUUAUUUAUAUUUUAGGUAAACCAUCAGGGCUGUAUUUACCUAUGUGUUGAUUUUUUUUUUAGGUUAAAAAAUACAGUAAACAAGAUCAAAAAACAACAACAACCCAGUUUCAGACUGUAACUUUCUGAAGAGGAGAAGAUACAGUAUGAUCGGCGGAGUGAAGCAGGAGAGAAGUGAUGAAUGGCCGAGUUUUUACAUGAACCAGGCAUAUCGUGGAGCAGACAGUAUGCGAUUAAGCAGUGGUCCUUAUUCCUCUCUAGAGCAUCCCCAUCAAAUCUUCAGUCUCCCAAGAGAAUCAAUGGCUGGAGAAGUCACAGAAAGGAUUGAGACACCUCCAGAUGCCCUGACUCAACAGAGAUGUCCUGAAACAGAUCAUAACAGACUAGAGCUUCCUGACAUGAAAUCGGUGUACCGGAGAACCUUCAACCACACCAAGCCUCCUUAUUCCUACAUUUCACUGAUUUACAUGGCUAUUCAGCAGUCACCAUCUAAGAAACUCACCCUGAAUGAGAUCUAUGACUGGAUACGCCAGCUUUUUCCAUACUACCGGCAAAAUCAACAGCGUUGGCAAAACUCUAUCCGUCACUCCCUUUCUUUUAAUGACUGUUUUGUGCGUGUCCCAAGGUCCCCAGAUUCUCUGGGGAAAGGCUCCUUCUGGACCCUGCACCCUGACUCUGGCAACAUGUUUGAAAAUGGCUGCUACAUGCGCCGGCAGAAACGAUUUCGGUGCCAGAGUGCAACAUCAUCAUCCACAACUAGAAGUGCUUCAAAAAAAGCAGACAGAGUAAAGGAAGAGGGCAAGAAAAAAACAUCAGAUGCUAAAUUGACAGUCUUAUCACCUAUGUCCCCAGCUAUGCCUUCCAAACCUCCUAUGCCAACAGUGUUGCCAGACAUGGAUUGCCCCUCCAUGUCACCCUCACAUAUCGCACCUCAGCAAAACGCCACACAUUCACUGACUCCAUUUCCUCCAUCCUCAGAACCUUCUGCACACCUAACAAAUAUACAUUACCCCACAAUGUCAACACUUCAGCCAACAGCCUCCUGCCCUCCAGAGGCUUGUGUUCAUGGGGAACCCUUCUUUCACCAGUCUCUUUCUGUACCACCAAUCAUGGACUUUCAGUGCUAUGAGCCUCCUGUGACUUACCCUGUUUAUUAUCCUACAUCAAGCUCCAACAUUCAUCAGUACAAUCCAUAUCUCACAGGCAAGGAGGAGUCCUCGUAUGCAGGAGACUCAGUGUGUUACUCUGGACUCAGCAUGUGCUCACUGCCAGUUUUAAGUUCCUCCUAAAGCAUUAGUUUAGCCAUUUGUCUGUGCUACUGAAGUGCUACUUAUGUGUUUGACUGACCUAUUAAAAUAUUGUAGAUAAAUGAAAAUUUUAGACAAUA